GGACAAACUAGUUUUGCUCAUAAGUCGUGUUGGAAGUACCUUGGUACUCUCGUUGCGUGAUCGCGUGCCACUGUUUUCCCUCGUCUAUCAUCGCACUUGCCAUUUUUUCCUCCGAUUUUAAUAGUACUUCCGUAAAAGUGGUUCCCAGCAGUCUGUGUACCUCAAGGAACUUUGUGCUUUCAAUUUGCUGAAAGAUAUUAUUCCUUAAGGAGGCAAAAUAGUUAAGAAAAAAGAUACACCAUGAAUUAUAUCAUACCCCUGUUGCUUUCGACGAUAUAUCUCAUACAGUCUGUACUACCCUGCAACGAGGCAGUAUGUGGCAGUGUAGUCAGCAAAUGCUUGCUGACCGAAUCGUGCAAUUGCGAUUUUAAUUUUGACAAUUGCUCCUGUUGCAAAGACUGCCUGAAUUGUUUGGGAUAUCUGUAUACUGAGUGUUGCUCAUGUGUAGACAUGUGUCCGAAGCCCAACGCAACCAGCAGUCCCCUCAGCAAGAAAUCCCAUGUAGAAGACUUCCAAGAAUCCUUACCAGGAUUGUUCAAUGCCUUGACAGAAGCCCCUGACAACUUCAAAAGAUGGAACAGCACCACUUUUCCCAUUGACAUUGAUAUCACACACUACAACAACAAGAAGGAAAUCAAAUUUAUGAUCCAACAAAAAAACGCAGAGCAAUCGGUACUUCCCAGCUCGAACAUAUACACGGUGAACUGUACUGUAGCGUUUUGGGCUCAGUGCAUGAGCUGGACCAAAUGCAAGUCCAGCUGUCAAUCGAUGGGAGCAGAAAGUUUCAGGUGGUUUCACGACGGCUGCUGCGAAUGCGUGGGCGAUAAAUGCAUUAAUUACGGAAUAAAUGAGAGCAGGUGCAGCAACUGUCCAGUAAGCGACGAGCUGAUUGUCCUGAAAGACAAUGACAUAGACGAGGAUGAACCCGAUUUUGGAGAAAACGACGACGAUACGGAAUACGUUGAAGACUGAGUUUAAAUUAUUCAACUUCAACAUAUUAAUUUACAAGUAUUUAUUGCAAUUUUUGUCCGGUGCAGUGUGAUCGAUAGAAACAACGUCGCAGUAGGCUUAGAAAUAAUAUUUUAGUUUGUUAAAUGUCAAAUCUUACAGUGUGAAAAAUAUAAAUAGUUUUUUUACGCUUGUUUUUAUUAUAAUCUAAUUUUCACGUGCUAUGUUAUUUCUAUGCCUACUAUGAUACUGUUUUUAUUUUAUCAAAACAUGUAGAUACCUAAAAUAUGUUUUUUACCAUACAUAUAUAGGUCUGAAGUUAACAAACGCAGAUCAAAUCAUUUGAGAGCCAUAUAUGAUCUAACAAGAUCGCAUUUAAAUUGGACUUUAUCCGAAAUUUAUUAACUUUUUGUUGCUCGCGCCCCCUUUGGUUUAAUUGAAAAUUUUGGGCGGGGUAUAAAAAUACUCCGCAUAUUCUGCGUGGGGUGUAAAAAUACCCCCCGUAUUCCGUGUGGGGUGUAAAAAUACCCCGCGAGAGUAUUGGAGGAUUAGAGUCAAAUUUUAAACCUAUCUUAGUAUAGUAUACGUUGUACGAGUACUAUUUAUACUUUAUUUUUUAUUGUGUUGAUUCAAAGAAUUAGCCCUAUUUAAGAGACUGCUGCUAUUGGCUAAAUGAUAAAACUAUAUAAUUUAGUUUUUAUUUGUGAAUAUUGAAAGAGUCUUAUUUUUUUAUCGCUAGUUUUAUGCUAUAUAUAGUGUAUUAAAUAUAGACAACUCUAUAUUUUAAGAAUUUAAGUAUUUGUAAAACACGUUGUCGUUAACAAGUUUUUAUAUUAUUGUCAAUAUUCGUAUAUAUUCAAAAAUUGUUUUUAUUGUCGCAGUUAAUACAGGGCGUGUCAAAAAGUUCGCAACAAUUUUUUUUUAUUUAAGUUUAUACGGAAUUUCUUAUUGUUCUUAACUUCUAUGUAUUCUUAAAAUUGACGUUUUGUGUGUAUAUUUUGUAUAUGAACCUUUAUUUUAUGCAAUUUUAGCGAAAAUCAUACGAUUUUUUGGAAAUAUUUGAAAAAAUGUAAAAAAUUAAUAUUUUUUGAAAGUCCCUCCUAUUUCUGGAUAUAAAUACGUUAAUCAAAAUCUAUUUAGAAAAUAUUUUGUUACCUAAUGCUCCUUUUUGCUUAUGUAAAAAUAAUUUUUAUAAUUUGUCAUCAUAAUAAUAUUCACAUUCCAAUGUCAAAAUUAUUUUUUUUUCUUAUAAAAUCCUGGGUAUUUUACCAGUGAAAAAGGGAUAUUACUACAUUGCUAAGGAAAUCAACACCACUGCGUAAAAUCCGGAAGGAAACCAGCUUGUUUGUGGCUUUUUUACUUGUAAAACAAAUUUCCUAAAAUAAAAAAC